CCCCAUUCGCCGAUGCAAGCUAGUAGCAGCAGCAGCAGAAGGAGCAGCAGACGCAGCAGCAGCAGCAUGAGCAGCAGCAGCAGCAGCAUCAGCAGCAGCAGCAGCAGCAGCAGCAGCAGCAGCAGCAGCAGCAGCAGCAGCAGCAGCAGCAGCAGCAGCAGCAGCAGCAGCAGCAGCAGCAGCAGCAGCAGCAGCAGCAGCAGCAGCAGCAGCAGCAGCAGCAGCAGCAGCAGCAGCAGCAGCAGCAGCAGCAGCAGCAGCAGCAGCAGCAGCAGAAAAGGAGCAGCAGCAGCAGCAGCAGCAGCGGCAGCAGCAGCAGCGGCGGCAGCAGCAGCAGAAGCAGCAGCAGCAGCAGCAGCAGCAGCAGUGGGAGCAGCAGCAGUAGCUACAGUCAUCCCCAUCCUCCCCUCCUCUUUGAGCCGCCCACCAGCAGCAGCAGCAGCAGGUGCAGCAGCAGCAGCAGGUGCAGCAGCAGCAGCAGCAGCAGCAGCAGCAGCAGCAGCAGCAGCAGCAGCAGCAGGUGCAGCAGCAGCAGCAGCAGGUGCAGCAGCAGCAGCAGCAGCAGCAGCAGCAGCAGCAGCAGCGGAUGGAGCAGCAGCGGCAGCAGCAGCAGCAGCGGCAGCAGCAGCAGCAGCAGCAGCAUCAGCAGCAGGAGGAGAUGUAGCAGCAGCAGCAGAUGGAGCAGCAGCAGCAGCAGCAACCACAGGCAGUGCAGCAACAACAGCCGCAGCAGGAGGUGCAGCAGCAACAGCAGCAGCAGCAGCAGCCAGAGCAGCAGCAACCACAGCAGCAACCUCAUCGGCAUCGCUACACCACCUCUCCUGACUCCUCCUGGGCUGACUCCCA